AAGUUUGGACGUAUCGCGGAUGUUGUGCUUGGUUUUGAUGAUUUAAAGAGUAUGAAUUAAUUAAUUACAUAUUUAUUCAUAAUAUUUGAUAUUGGAUCUCGUUAAUCUCGAAUUUAAUUUAUAAAUGACUUGUGUUACAGGUUACACGAAUCCCAGGAUUAAUCCAUUCAUAGGAUGUGUACUGGGUAGAUGCGCGAAUCGCAUAAGAAAUGGCUGUAUUGUCAUUAAGGGUAAAAUUUACCAGCUCACGAGGAAUGAUCUUAACAAACAUCAUCUGCAUGGAGGUGAGAAAGGCUUCGGUCGACGAUUAUGGGACUCGUAUAUCGAUGGCUGCUCGGUCGUCAUGACUUACUUAAGCGAAGACGGCGAAGAAGGAUAUCCUGGUACGGUGUUGAGUACAGUGAGAUUCAAGUUGACACCUGAUAAUAGGCUGGAAAUAGGUAUUCGGGCGACCACAACAGACUCUACGAUAGUCAACAUCUCUCAUGGUUCUUUGUUCAAUCUCGCUGGACAUGACGCCGGUAAAAAGGAAUUGUUAAAGCACAAAAUCUCAUUAAACUGCGAUCGUUGGACUUUCGCGGAUUAUACUGAUCCGAUACCAACUGGCAGUAUUCGAGGAGUCGGAGGAACCAUCAUGGAUUUACGUAUACCAAAGUUUCUGGAGAGUUGUAUCGAGAAGGUUCCUCCGGGAGAAGGAUAUGAUCAUAAUUUUUGCGUCACGCCAAACUGGCACGGAGGUAGUACACAUGUCGCUCGAGUCGUCCAUCCAGAAAGCGGCCGCGUUUUAGAAGUUUAUUCCGAUCAGCCUGGUGUACAAUUUUAUACAGGUGGCCGUUUAUCAACAAACAUUGUUUCUGAGACUGGCAAUAACAUUACUGUUAAACAAGAUGAUAAUCGUGAAGAUGAAGAAGAUAAAGAAGAUGAAGAAGAAGAGGGAGAAGAUGAAGGAGAAAAUGAAGGAGAAGAUGAAGGAAAAGAUGAAGGAGAAGACGAAAGAGAAGAUGAAGGAGAAGAUAAAGGAGAAAAUGAAGAAGAUGAAGGAGAAAAUGAAGGAGAAGAUGAAGGAGAAAAUGAAGGAGAAGAUGAAGGAGAAACAUUGAUGGCAAAUCGAAUGGAACAAGAUGCGAUAUCCGAACCGACGUUUCUUUUGGGGAAGAAAGGUGCUCGCUAUGAAAAACAUUGUGCUUUCAGCAUUCAACCACAAAACUACCCAAAUGCUAUUAAUUAUGUAAGUUAA